AUGGAGGACUCCUUUAGGUGCAAAAUGAUGCCGCCUCCGCUCUUACGCUUCUUCUUCUUCCUUGCCCUCUUCUUGUUUGCGUGGCGAGCUGCAGCAACGGAGGGGAAGAGGACGACGUUCAUGUUUCUGGUGGAUACCAGUUUGAGGCCCUCCCCUUUCCCCUCCGAUCGCCAUUGGUACUCCUCUCUACUUCCCUCUACCUCUUCUCGUCUCUUCCACCACUACCAGUCUCUCCUGCACGGCUUCUCCGCCUCCCUCACUCCUUCCCAGGCGAGAGCCAUAGGCGAGCACCGGGGAGUCGUCGCCGUCAGUCCCGACUCCCUCCUUCGCACCCACACCACUCGAUCCCCCUCCUUCCUCGGCCUCGACCUUCGCGGCUCCCGCCUCUCCGCCCUGUCCCACCGUGGCUCCGCCGCCGUCAUCGGAUUCAUCGACACCGGCAUCUGGCCGGAGCGACCUAGCUUCUCUGAUCGCGGCCUCGGCCCGCCUCCACGCCGCUGGCGCGGGGAGUGCGAGGAGGGCCCGGGUUUCAACCGUUCCCACUGCAACCGCAAGCUGGUCGGCGCCCGAUCCUUCUCCGCCGGCUACGCGGCCGCGUUCGACGUCGGCGGGCAGGACGAGCUCCGCUCGGCAAGAGACCACGACGGCCACGGAACCCACGUCGCUUCCAUCGCCGCCGGGGCGUCGGUCGCUGGCGCGGGGUUCGAGGGCUUCGCCCGCGGCUUGGCGCGCGGUAUGGCGCCCCGGGCGAGGAUCGCGGUCUACAAGGUGUGCUGGGCCGAGGGGUGCAUGGUGUCCGAUGUCGUAGCGGCCAUCGAGAAGGCGGUGUCCGAUGGCGUGGAUGUCGUCUCCCUCUCGAUCGGAUCGUCUUCUCCGGCGCCGUUCUACCACCUCGAUCCGCUCGCGGUCGCCACCUUCCGCGCCUCACUGCAAGGAGUUUUCGUCGCGGCGUCGGCGGGGAACGGCGGCCCCUCCCCGGGGAGCGUCGCGAACUCCCCGCCUUGGAUCACCACCAUCGGCGCCGGAACCAUCGACCGAUAUUUCCCUGCGGUCGUCCGACUCGGCAACGGCGCGUGCGUCCGUGGUACGUCCAUCUCCAUGCGCCCUCGAGAACCUCGCCGUCGUCAUCUCGUGCACCUAUUCUCCGUGGGUAGAAUCACCGCCGCCGACACGAACCUCACCUCCCAGCAUAUAAACGGCAGGAUCGUGUUGUGGGAAUCUGGCCGACGAGCGGCGAGAAUCGAGACCGGCGCCGCGCUGAAACGCGCGGGGGCGGUCGGUACGGUGGUCUACCACGGGGACGUCGACCCGGAAGGCAUACUCGCGGAGCCACAUGUGGUGCCCACUGUCGCCGUAGGAUCUCGAGGAGCGGCCAUCAUCGAGGCGUACAUCAGAACAGCCAGGAAUCCGACGGCCGUGAUCUCGUCGGAGGGGACAGAGCUACUCCCUGGAGACGCGCCGGAGGUCGCGUCCUUCUCCGCCCGGGGUCCCAAUCCGUCGGUCCCCUGGGUGCUGAAGCCGGACAUACUGGCGCCAGGGGUGAACAUCGUGGGCGCAUGGACGGACGCGAUCGGGCCAUCGGGAUGGGCCGCGGACAUCCGACGGCCGUGGUUCAGCGUCAUGUCGGGGACUUCCAUGGCGUGCCCGCACGUGUCGGGGGUGGCGGCGCUCCUGCGCGCCGCUCGCCCGCGGUGGGGUCCGUGGGAGAUCCGGUCGGCACUCAUGACGACCGCGGCGGCUUCACCGCCGGUGGGCGAUGAAGCCGGGGAAGGAGGACCGCCGGCGGCGGGAGCGGGCCACCUGCGCCCGGAGCGGGCAGUGGAUCCAGGGCUGGUGUACGACUUGAUGUACGACGACUACGUAGGGCUCCUCUGCGGGCUAAAUUACACGGCCAAGUCCAUCCGCAUACUCACCGGGAAAGCGGCAGCUCCUUGCGAGCCUUCCGGCGACAAGGGGGUGUGGGGGUUCAACUACCCGGCCUUCGUGGCAGCGGCGGAGGAGAUUGCAUCGACAGGCGAACUCGUGUUCCACAGGAGGUUGAAGAGGGUCGACGGUGGUGGCCCGUGCCGCCGCUACAGGGCAGUGGUGGCGGCGCCGGCUGGUUACGCUGCGGUGGUUGAGCCGGAGCGGCUAUGGUUCAGCGGCAUGGAUGGGGAGACGGUAGCGUUCAGGGUGGUGCUGAGUGAAGCGAGGGGGAGCGGAGGACGAGGGAGGCGCCACUGGUGGAAGGGUGGAAGCUUGACGUGGCGGGAAGAAGAGGGGAAGCACGCGGUGAGAAGUCCCAUUGUCGUGUUGUUUCGCAGAUACAUGACGAAGGAAGAGGAAGUAGUACUCUGA